AUGGAUGUGCCUGCAGAUGCCCAUAUCAAAUACGAAGAUGCCAUCGACUAUUGGACAGAUGUGGAUGCUACCGUGGACGGUGUUCUGGGUGGAUACGGGGAAGGAACAGUAGUGCCUACAAUGGAUGUACUAGGGUCCAACAAUUUCCUGCGUAAACUAAAGUCUAGGAUGCUUCCUGAGGAAAACAAUGUGAAGUAUGCUGUAGACAUUGGUGCAGGUAUUGGACGUGUAAGCAAGACCAUGCUUCACAAGCACGCCGCAAAAAUAGACCUUGUAGAACCGGUAAAGCCAUUUGUCGAGCAAAUACAAGUUGAACUGGCUGAGCUGAAGGAUAAAGGCCAAAUUGGACAAAUCUACGAAGUGGGGAUGCAGGAUUGGACGCCUGAUGCCGGCAAGUACUGGCUUAUCUGGUGUCAAUGGUGCGUGGGACACUUACCAGAUGCAGAACUCGUGGCAUUCCUGAAAAGAUGUGUUGUUGGUUUGCAACCUAAUGGGACAAUCGUAGUAAAGGAGAACAACACACCUACACAUACCGACGAUUUCGACGAAACGGAUUCUUCGGUCACAAGAUCAGACGCUAAAUUUAAACAAAUCUUCGAAGAAGCAGGUCUAAAGCUUAUCGCCAGUGAAAGACAACGUGGGUUACCAAGAGAGUUGUACCCCGUGAGGAUGUAUGCACUCAAGCCCAUCUCGAACUAG